AUGGCAACUAACAUAGAUCAACUCCUCGAGAAACAGAAGGUGAACUACGAUAACAUCAAGCAAAUCACCUCCAACUACGCCAAGGAUACUGUUCAACGGAAGAUUUUCAGUUAUCUAGAAAAACGUCUAGAGGCUUUGGAGGCUCAUUGGGCUGAGUUUAGCAUGAAUCACGGGAAACUUGCACCACUCGUGACGCCUGACAUGGACUACGUCAUUCAAGUAAACGCAAAACUAAAAAAAGUUGUCGGUAAACAUGAUGAUAAGGUGGGAGGCGAAGAACAUGAGAUCACAGCUCAGAUAUCAGUGCCCCACGAGGGUGGCUGGGGAUGGCUCGUCGUCUUCUCUGCUUUCUUCAGUAUUUUCAUACUGGAUGGAGUCGCCUACACGUUCGGCAGUAUGCUUGCAGAUAUCGCUAAAGAUCUUAAAGUAUCCGAUUCCCUUGUAGCUUUAGUGAACUCUACAGCGGUUGCAUUAUAUUUUAUCGCAAGUCCUCUAGCUUCGGCAUUUAUAAAUAGAUUUGGUUUUCGUGAAUGCGCUAUGUGUGGUUCAAUUAUAUGCUCCUUCGCUUUAUUAACAUCAUAUUUUACAAAGAAAAUCGGAUACCUCUUUCUAUUUUAUGGCAUAAUUGCUGGAUUUGGAUACUCUUUGAUAAAUAUGUCCUCUGGGCUGGUUGUUGGUUUUUACUUUGAGCGAUUACGAUCAGUUGCUUUGGCCAUAGCAACGUGUGGAUCCAGUUUUGGUGUUAUGAGUUUAUUUCCCGUAAAUACAUAUUUAGUAAAGCUGGCUGGAUGGCGCACAACAAUGUUGUUGCAUUCUGGAUUGUUUGGUAUAAUUUUCUUCUUAGGUAUGGCUUAUAGGCCCCUACUUUCAUUCACUGUGACGAAAACGGAACAAGAUCCCACCCGCACUGUAGCCUACCUGCCAAGUGUGACCAGCGCUGUGGUUCGCCCGACCACCUCGCGAACCGGGGUACAAACCCCAAAACCUACCCUAGCUCCUACCGCCACCGAACGAUUAUUCAGUGCCGUCUCUAAUGUUAACUUUCCAAUGGCCGCUGCAGUGGUAGAAGAUAUUCAGCCUCCUGAUAUGAUACCGACGGGACACGCAACUACGGCACAAGCAGGCCCCUCCAGCGCCGUCGCUAGAUCCAAAUCCAGAUUAACAUUUACCGCGCACGGUACUGAGGGCGCUAUAUACCAAAAACAAUUGCAGCGUGUGGAAUCUAUUAUAUCUAAAGCCAGUGAUAAAUCUAAAGCCUUCGUCGAAGUAUCAAUAAUAAAACCACCGACUACAAAAAAGAAGAUGGGGUUUUGGGCUCGGCUUUUUACAUGGGAACCACGUGUUCCACAAGCUCGACCUUUAUACCGAGAUGAUGCUUUUUAUGAAGGUAAAUUGACAGACCUUCCAGCAUAUCAAAAGAGUAUGGUAGACACAAGUGCGCCAGGUAGAACUGGGCUGGAGUACCAGAUGGCAGUGACGCGCGCAGUGACCGUCAACGACCUGCAGGAGCAUCGCGGGGUGUUCACCACUGCACUCAGAAGAGUACUUGCCACUAUGAUGGAUCCCAACUUGUUGAAGAAGAGUUCGUUUUUACUGAUGUGCUGCAGCGGUUUUUUUACUUAUUUAGGUUUCUUAGUUCCUUACGUAUACUUGCAGGAUCGAAAUCUUAAAGCAGGGGUUGAUGCCUCUCACUGUAAUCUAUUUAUAAGUGCUAUCGGUUUGUCGAACGCUAUUGGAAGGCUGGUGUUGGGCUCUUUAGCUAGCAAAAUAGAUCCAAUAUAUCUGUUUGCAGUUGGAUGUACCGUGGCAGGUCUAAGCACUAUUGUCUCAGGUGUAUCUUACAACUUGUACUACCAAUAUGCCUAUUGCUUUGUUUUUGGUUUUUCUAUAUCAAGUGUAGCUUGUUUGCGCAGUAUUAUUUUAGUGUCAUUGUAUGGCUUAGAUAAGUUAACAAAUGCUACCGGUAUGAUGUUAAUAUUUUUAGGUUUAGGCAAUUUAGUAAGCACGCCGAUAGCUGGUAUACUUAAAAAUACGUAUGGGUACGAGCUAGCUUUUACCGUUGCCGGGGCGUUUAUGACUGUGAGUGGUCUGAUUUUGAUCCUGGUAAAAUUUUUUGCUGUUAGAGAAAUUAAAGCCCAGGCUCAACAGGACACUAUGAAAACUAAAAUGGCGCAAGGAAGGCAACAGAGGAAAUAA